UUCGAUAACUCUAAAAGGAAUAUAAUAGAGUUUAUUUAUGUAAAAUUAAUUUUAAUAGUUUCCUCGUCGUUUAUGAUUGUUUACAGAUUUUGGAGGAAGGUGCUUCGUUGAAUGUUUGCUUUCUCACGGGAAUUAGUAGCUCAAUAAAACGAAAGAAAGUUUUGUAUACGAGUUCCCAAAUGGAUCUAGAGACGAAAUGGCGAAGUUUAUGGAAACCGGAUUUGAAAUGUUGUCCAUGGCGUGUCCUACAAGCCGAUGAGUAUGUCUAUUUGAUCAAAACUCGCUUUGGAGAGAAUUGUUACGAAUGCAUGAUUACAGACCUCACUAAUUACUGGUGCGAAUCAUUAACAGAAAGCGAAUGUUGCCAACGUUUACAGGAACUUAAUCCCAAUCUAGAAGCUCCAAUUUCUAAAAUUCUUGAGCAUAUUAAACUGAAUAUAGAUAAAAAUCCGUCUGACAAUUUGAGAAUUUCCAAAGAUGACAAAGGAACUAUGCAUAUAUGGAUUAAUUCCAAACUUUCUAGGUUCCCUUUCACUUGGCAAUUGAUUGGAGAACCAGCACAUGAAGAAAUGGUCUCUGAGAACAUGACUAUUCCACUUUUAAUGAUGGUGUCCGAGUUGAAUCGUCGCCAGAGAGAACUUAUUCAUAUUAUUUCCAAAAAGGAUUUAGAAAUUGAGGAUUACAGAGCCCAGUCUGUUAAACUUAAUCAAAAGCAAUUAGCAACUGUCUACUUUGAUGAAACAUCCUUUGGAAACAAUAUGGUGCUAUCAAAGGAAUUUGAAGAUAAUGUGAAACUGUUGGGGACAACUGCUUUUGAAAGUUAUGGUCAGGAUCUUUAUCGGCAAAUUAUGACAAAAUACACAUGGUUGCACAAAUGUAGCAAAGCAGAUCCAGAAACCUUUGAAAUUACAAAACCCAUAGAAGAAUCUUCCAAUGUGUUCACAGAGCUUGCUGAACUGUCGACUGCUGUAGAAGAACAUGAGCAGAAGGUUAACAUUGGCCCUGACAUCUAUGAUUGCAACCAGUGCAUAUUUUCAACCAGUUCUCAAGAACUUCUGCUUCAUCAUGUCAGCAUGUACCACAGAGACUCUGCUCUAAGUAUCAAUGCCAACUUUGAUGGUCAACUUCAGCAAACAGUUCUGGCUGAUCCAUUGCCAUUGUUUAAUGCUGGGAAUAUAUCUUGUCCACAAUGUGGUCAGCACUAUAAAACUCAAUAUGGAUUGCAGAGUCACAUGAAUUCUAAACACCUUGGAAAAUUUCUAUUCAACUGCUCGAUAUGCGGUCGUGGUUUUGAUAGUUUCUGGACAUACAAAGCUCACAUUGACAAACAUCACAUACUAGAAGAAAAAUGUGACCGAUGUAAUUUAACAUUUCGUUUCAAAAAAAGUUUGUUAUCCCAUAAACGUUUCUGUGGUCGUACAAAGCACCAUGGUGGUGAGUUGUUUCGAUGUAACAUCUGUGAGCAGACUUGUUCGUCAAAAGACUCUCUUUCCACUCACAUGCGUGGUCAGCAUGGCAGUCAACAUUAUCGAUGUCGACGCUGCAAUAAGAUUUAUAAAUGGCGUUCAUCAUUGCGGUACCAUACUGAGAAAUGUUUUAAUCAGCCAGUUAUUCUCAACACAGAAAUACCAAAUCACAAUCUUUGUUGCUGAUGGCUGUUUAACUAUUCAACAAUAUAUAGGUCAAAUUUAUGUAUAUAUAUUAUAUUUUCUAUCAAGGAGUUGUUUUGCUUCUGACAGUCUGUAGUUUUAGGUGUACUGGGUGAGGAAAGGACAGCAACAACACCAAAGACAUUGCUGCUCUUAAUAAUUUGUAGGUGUUUUCACAACUAGGCUUCAAAAUGUAUUUUUGCUACAAGAAAAAAACAAAAGAAAAAAUAAAAUAAAAGACACAUUAGCAGGCUGAAGGUUGAGGAUUUGAAAUAAUUCUGUAUUGCAUCAAUAGUUAUGAGAAGUUACAUCUGAGUUCAAAUCCUAUCAGAAUUAGAUUUGAUUUUUACCUUCCACCUUGAGUCUUAUAUAAACAAGUACCAGACAAAUAGCAGGGGCUUCUGUUUAAUUCAUUAUUUUCCCUGUUGCCUACAAAUUUGUGGAUUUGUGCCAAACGAUAUCAUUAUUAGUUAAAGGACAAAACUGAGGCUGGAUCUUGUACUGCUAUUUUUUUAUUUUCCUUUGCUUUACACACCAUCUGUUUCUCAUCACCUUAAUCCUUUAGCAUGUAAACUGGUCAUAUCAGGCCAAAAUACUCUACCUGUUUUAUGUUCAGACAGGCCAGAUUCAGUCUCUCACACCUAUCCUACAUAAUGUCAUUCUAAAAAUAAACAAUCACAUCCUCAGAAUCAUGAAACUACAAGGUAAUGCAUGAUUAUUCAAAGCAAUGUGAAUAAAUAAGCAUUACAUUUUGACAGAGUAGUCUGAAUGCUAAAGGGUUAAACUCAUUCUUAAUAUUCAGUUUACCUUUCAUUCUGCUGAAAAAUGAAUUGUUUUUUCUGAAAUUUCUAUCUUACAUUAAAACAUUAAUUUUCAACAAUUACAUCUACACCUACAAAUCUCAGCCAACUACCACAAUAACCCUCUUAAAUCAGUCAAUGCCUCCUAAAGCUUUUAAAUAAAUCCUAUUUCUUAUAUAAAUCUAAUCUAAAUGUCAAUUAGACUCAUUAACUUUAUAGAUUAUUUAUUCAAGAUAAAUGUUAUUAUUUAUUUUUCCUUAGGAAAAUGAUUUGACUUAAUAUUAAAAAAUCUUUUUCCAUUCUAAGUAAAAUAUAUAUUUUAUAACUGAUUUUAGUGUUGUUUUGUUAAAAAAGAAUCUAUUUUCUUUCUCUAAACAAUUGUGCCUUGGCAGUUAUCUUCACAUCUUAUGUUGUUGCUUACAGUUAAUAUAUUUGUUGGGUAUUGAUUGAUAAUGUUGAAAUUUCUUGCAGUUUUUGUUUGUUUUUGUUUUUUUCAUAUAAAAAUUACCUAGUUCCAAAGAAAAUGAAUUAGAUAACUUGUUACAGAAAAGGCACCUAUAAGUUGCUAUUUGGUGUUGCAAUAGUACCAGCAACAACAAUGAACCUCUGUGUGGUCAUCUGACCUGUUAGAAAAAGCAGCCAAAUUACACUCAACCAUUUUAAAAAGAGAAAGCAUAUUUUUGAUGAUGUAGUACUUAAAUAUGCCAAAUCAUGGGAUGGUCAUGGCUGGAGUGCUUCUAAUCAUGUGUGCUCAGUCAAAGUUGAUCUGAGCUCAGGCUAAACAACAAAACUGUCAAUAGUGUUUACUGGAGUCAAGAGUAAAAAAAAAAGAAAUUCUAAUGUUCACAUAGAAUAUAUAGAGUAAUAUUUUGUUGUUUCUCAUUGUAUAUAAAUAUUUAUGGAAGUGAAAUUCAAAUUCUAUCUGGAAUUAUUUAAUUCAAAUACCAAGAUAUCUGCAGAAUGAAAACAAGUAUGACUGUGGUUAAGAAGUUAACUUUGCAACUACAAGGUGUUGGGUUCAGUCUCAUCACAUGGCACUUAGGGCAAGUGUUUUCUUUCUUAACCUUGUGUUUGUCAAUGGUAGAAUUUGGUUGAAGGAAAGUGUGGAAGUCUUUUGUAUGUGGUUAUAUCAACAUUGGGAGCAAACUGGUACAUACUCACUGAAAUAUCUUGUGACAAUUGCUAUUUACCUUUAUUACAUUGCCUACUUUGCAUUUCAUAUUUUAUGAGAAUGGUAGAGGAAACAUUAGUGAAAGCUCUGGGUUGAUAUAAUAAUCGACUUGAAGGUUGUACCCCAGCCUAGAUGCAGUCCAAUCACUAAAACCAAUGUAAGUAAAAGAAUAACUGUUUUUCUGAUAUGCCAAAGACAAUUAGAUUUUUGUCGUGCUAUAAUGGAGUGAUCAGCCUAAACUAUUAUGGGAUUUCCCUUGUUAAAAUGUUUUGGUAUACAAAUAAUAAUUCUUUUGAAUUUUGGUACAAUGUCAGAAAUUUUAUUAAGGGAUGCAGGAAGUCAAUUACAUUGACCCCCACCCCACCCCGUGCUCUAUCAGUACUUUUUUUUUACCCCAAAAGGAUGAAAGGCAGUCAGCCUUGGCAGCAUUUGCAUUCAGAACAUAAAGAGGCAAAAGAAAUACCACUAAGAAUUUUGUCUGGUGCAGUAGCAAUUCUACCAGCUUGCCACCUUAAUAAUCCUUUCUACUGAAAGCACAAGGCCUGAAAUUUUGGGGAGGGGACUUAAUAGUUGAUUGCAUCGACCCCAGUGAGUCACUGUUAUUUAAUUUAUCGAUUGCGAAAGGCAAGGUUGACCUCAGCGGAAUUUGAACACAGAACAUAGUGAUGGGCAAAAUACCGCUAAGCAUUUUGUCCAGCGUGCUAACGAUUUGGCCAGCUCACCACCUUGUUGCCACCUUAAUAAUGGUCAAUAUAAUUCUUGAUCUCUCACAACUUGUCAUGACUGACUAUAUCAUCAUAGCAGUCAUGAUAUCCUUCUAAAUACUGAUCCAUUGUCAAUAAUAUAAAACCAGGUUUCAUUAGAUUUCUGCUGUGCUAAAUCCACUAGCCUAGUUGCUGACAAUGUCACAUGUUUCCCAAACUAACACUUCCACCUGGUCUUUCAGUGGGUGCCUUUAGCAAGGUUCACUCUCCUGUAAACACUUGGAGCAGACCUCCAGUUUUCUCCCUUUAGUAGGAGACCUUUUGGAGUAACACCACUGUCACUUGGUCUUUAUAUGCCUUCAGCAAAGUUAACUGUGUUUCAAGCAUUCAGAUCAGAAUCUCCAAGUUUUCUUCCUUCACCAGAAGGCCUAAAGCCACCAUUUGGUCUUUGUGUACCUUUAAUGAGGUUCACUCUCACUCUGUUGUAAGCAUUUGAACCAGACUAGCACUCACUGUAUUCUGACAGCCAACAUAUUCCCUGAAGAUGUCAGAGAAGAACUGGAAAGGUCUUGGUACUCCCAUGAGACUAUUUGCUAUAAAAAAAAGUAAAUAUUUCUAAAGAUGUGAAUUUCAUAACAAUAUUACUCACUCACUCCUUAUAAAUCUGAGGUUUGUAUCGAUGCUUAAUCAAUUUUAUCGAUGCUUAAUCAAUUUUAUCAAGCCCAUCUUUAGAAACAGUAGCCAAAUUUCCACCCUGAAUCACAUCCUAUUAUCAUAAAGAAAAAUGCAGGAUGUGUUGAGUAAGGAAUUUAUGCAAAAAAAAAAAGGUGACAUGAUCACUGCAGGAAUACCUUUGAUCAUAAAUCUGUUCAGUCAGGUCAGUCCUGGGGUUAAACAACAACAACAAUCAGUUUUAUGUAACCCUUUUGAUACCAUAUUUUUGUUGAAAUACAUAACAUUUUUUUUUCAAUAACUUUUUAAAAUAAUGGAUUUAGUAACAUAACUUUGUCAUUAUUAAGCUGCUGUUUGGUGCAUGCACUAACACGAAAUUUGGAUGAAAGACUUUUGUUUAGAUCACUUUGAAAUAGAAAAUUUGUGUUAUCUGACCAGGAACACAGGCAGAUUGGUAUCAAAAGGGAGUUGUGUCAACAUAUCCAUUUUAAUUAGCAAUGAUUGUAAAUACUUUGAUUGUCUGAGAUUUAUCUACAUAAAUUUAUGUGUUUGUAAGGGACAUGGCAUGUCCUAAACUAAGUUUCUUUCUGCCUAUUGUGGUGAAUUUUUAGAGAUAAUGUUUUUCUUGUUGAACAAAGAGGAUAUUUUACAUAACUUUUCAUUAUUGAACAUUCCUUGAUUGUUAUAUGAACUCUUAUAUAUUUCUGACUCAGUUGUAUGUUAUUCUUAUGAAACUGAAAUAUGCUGUUAACUAUGCAACUUGUUUUGUAGCUAACUGUUCUGAGAUAAAGUUUAGUUUUAAUAA